AUGCGCACCGUCUUCGCCGCUGCCUCAAUCGCUUCCUUCGCGUCGCUCGCUGUGGCCCAGUCCAUCCAGGGCUUCGGUCGCUUCCCCUGCACCAACGUCAAUGGUGACGGGACCUUCUCGCCUGACCAGACCCAAUGCGCCGACGCGAACCUCAUCGCGCCCGGCACGAACGACCCGACGUCGAUCUACCAAGGCGACCACCCGCCUCCGACCGGUUCGCAGUGCGUGGUGGAACCGACCACCGGCGCAUACUUCUGCGGUAUCGUCGGCGCUACUUGCACCUCGGACGCGAACUGCGACAAUGGGUACUGCGGGAUCUUGAGCGGGACGACGGGUACCUGCGUUGGCGGAUUUACGGACCGUUGCAGGUCCGACUCGAACUGCUUGGGCUACCUCUACUGCACCGAUCCGCUUGGCAACCCGACGACCAGCGGAACUUGCGGAGGUGAAGGCGCAUACUGCCAGGACUACACCGUCGGCAGCAACACCAACACGGACGCCCAGAACGAGGCUCUCUUCAAC